AAGCUCUUUACACGGCUCGGAUGAUCACAGCUAACGCUGAUACGCUUUUUACUGAACAGAAGUUCAUCAUUCAAAGGAGCGGCACUUUAACCGACUCGGGCGCAGUGACUGGACGGUGGAUCUCUCAUCCUCGUUCUCUUUAGCGGGCUCAUAAGGAGGCACAGAUGGACAACAGGAACUCAUCUGAUGACAAGCCUGUUCAGCGCUCCAAGUCUUUCAGUUUCAAGAUGCAGAAGGAGACGUGUGCAUCAUGUGAAAAGACAGUUUACCCAAUGGAGAGACUGGUGGCCAACAACCUCAUCUUUCACAACACGUGCUUCUGCUGCAAGCACUGCAACACCAAACUCAGUCUGGGAUCCUACGCGGCCUUGCAGGGGGAGUUCUACUGCAAGCCACACUUCCAGCAGCUCUUCAAGAGUAAAGGGAACUAUGACGAGGGCUUCGGUCGCAAGCAGCAUAAGGAGCUCUGGGCCUCCAAGGAUGCUGAAAGCAUCACCAAGACAUCAUAAUCUUCAGUGAUUUCCAAAGCUCAGCUGUCCCCUCCUUUGACCAAUGAUUACAACCCUUUAUAUACCCUACCCUACCACUUACACACACACUUGCAGUUUUAUUUUGAGCGCACAGCCGGUUGAGCCAGCACUCCUUAUGAUAUAACAAUCACAGAUACCAUUCUUGAUAAAGUAGGGUUUAUUAUCUUUCCUUUCCUUUUUUAUUUUUAUGCUUGCUCUUAGUUUUGCAUAGCUUUGGCAAAUGUAAUUAUAUUUUUUUUAGUAUUUCUUUUACAUUGAGUUCGUCCGUAGUAAACUGUUAGUUGAUUGUGACCAAACUCUCUUCAUAGAUGGGUUGUUACUCAGCAUCAUACCCAUCUAGUUUGGCAGUACUAGUAUUGUUUUGUUUUUGUUUGUUUACUUGUCCUGAAAGUGGUCUUGAGGUGUUCCAUCCACAAUUUUAGUUGAAGUAAAGUGUUUUUAUAAUUUUUUCCCCUUUAUUUGUGUUGUAGCAAUCAAUACUGUUUUCAGACUUAAUAGCUUAACAGUUUCCUUUGAAUGUGUUUUUCUUUGUUGGCGCAGGGGAUUUUAUCUGUGAAUCUACAGGGUACACUGUACUGUUAAAACUCUUCAUUUCUCCUCAGCCCGUUCUUUUUAUUUUGUCAUCCUUAUACACUGUCUUUCCUGCCCAUUCCACGCUUUAUCUUUUCAGUAAUUAAAUAUUGAUAACGUUUCUGUAAGACAGGUCUCUGUGUAGUUUUAACAAAUCCAAUAUGAACUUCCUUAUGAAAUAAAAUUUCAUGGGAUGCUCAAGCCGUUUGACUUUUAUGCCCAUGUGCCACUGCAUAUUGACCACUUUGGGUUGUUCAGUGGCUGAAUCCUGAAACCAGGCUAGUCUUUUCUUUUACUUUUUCUGACGCCCUCUAGUGUUGUGGAUGCUAUUCUUUAUUAGGCCCAACAUUACUUCGGCCUCUUAAUGUUUUGCUUUAAUGUGAUGCCAUGUAGUGAUUGGGAACACUGUUUAACUUCUUAUUUUACUCGUUUAGUCUUAAUUAGAAUACUGCAAAUUUUAAUAAACCUUUUCUCAUUGAUUACUUGCAAAGGCAUUGUACAUUGGUACCACUAAGCAGAGUAAAUGUACUUUGAUGCACUGUACUGUACUUAUGCCUUGCUGCAUGGGACCAAGCUUGUACGACAAAAUAAGAUCUUCACAGGGAACUAGGUCUCAGAGGAAACGACAUUUACGAUGCUUCGCGCGCCAUUGCCUUUUCCCCCUUCCACCACUUCCUGUCAUCGCAUAGUUUUGGCUGUUUCCUGUGGGCAUCUUUGUGACAGGGUUUCGUUGGGACUUUGCGAGUACAUACGUAACAGUGUGGCUCCUAAGCUUUGCUCAGGAAUCUAGAUGGGUCUCAAGGAUCCAACUGUGUAACGCUCAGUGUUCAUUGUUAAAAGCUGUUGGUGACUUGAAGUUAUGUUCCCUAAAAAGCAGAUAUUUUUCACAAAUAGUGAGUGGUUGAGAUUUAAAGCAGAAAGGCGAUUGCUGUAAAUGAACACUUCCACAUCAGAGGUUUUAUAUGCACAUUUACAUGUCAGUGUGAAACUGUGACUGCAUCUCCUGAUUUGUCAUUGUGGCCAUGUUAUGCGACGUCCUAAAUCGUGACCUUUAGUGGUUCAUGUGUUUGUGUAAUAACAGCAUUGACACCAUGUUUCUUUUAAUGAAUGAAUUGCCUCUGUGUUUUAAUUCUGUUGCUCUUGUGUUUUGUAGUAAAGACAGGUAUUUUGAUGUCUGUAUAUGUUAAAUGCCAUAAGGAAGUGAUCUGUUGAUAGGUUCAUGAUAGUGGGUUGUGUAUUUGUAGUAUCCUGUCUGCCUUCAAGUGCAAUGGCCUUUUGUUUUGUCGGUUUGUUUAAGGAGAUGCUACAUUAGACUUGCAAAGCCAUUGAGAAUCAUCCAAAUGUUUUCAUCAACUUAAAUGCCACAAAAGUCCCUCUGUGUAAAUAUUUAAGAUUACUGUGAAAUUGAAAUGCAUUGUGAAGUUUAGAGAAAUUAUCAACCGCUCUUGAACAGGAAUCAUAUUUUCGUAUUAAGCUUUAGUAUAUUAGUUUUAUUUUUGUUUUAAACGUUUCAUAAGAACAGCGUGUUUUAUUAAAGUUUUCUCUAAACACUUUUAUGUUUAUUAUAUGUUGGCCAUAUUUACAAUGAUUUCUUUUCUUGUGAAUUUAUUCUGUGGAUCCAACUUUUCACAAGCACAAAUCACUGUGUGUUUUACACCAAUUUUAAGCGCGUUUGCGCCAAGGUACAAAUGACACAAUACCCUGCAAACGCUCAAUGUCUUUUAUCAACUUCCGGAACAAAUAAGAAAAAGGUACGCUUUGCUCUUUUCUGAUUUGUAGUUCUUGAAAUGCAUGAGUUUGUCUUUAUAAGUGUAAGGAUAGUUGAAAAAGAUUAUUUUGAAUUGCAGUUGUCCACAUGCAUUGACUGAGCAGAGAUCAAUGUACUCAAAGUGUAUUACUAUAUCUAAAACUUGAUCAGCGGAACAGGUGGCCUUAAAGUAGGAGGUCUUUGCUCUUUUUUCCUUAUCAAGUUAAUAAAAUGCAAUGUUUCAUUCUCUCAUUCUUUUCAGAUUUGACUGCUCUGAUUCUCCCCUUUUUUAUUUUCUGUUGCACAUUUUACAUUUUUGUACAUCAUUUUUGGAGAAAAGAAAUAAAUGGUUUAUUGCUGGUG